UUAAGGUGUCAGGAGGUACCUGACUCCAAGCCAGAGAGGAAGAAGGAAAACCACUGCCCAGGAGAGGUGGGCAAGUGUGGGGGAGGCAGGAGCUCCAAGCAGAUGGCUUCUCCUGCAGCCAGGGUACCUCUCGCUCCUUCUCAGAAUGGGCUGCCUGGGGAGGAAAACCCUGCCUUUCUUCCUCAUUUUUGUGCCCAUAUAUCUACGUGGGGCUUUGUUGCAAGAAACUGCACCUGAGAGGCAAAGAAAACCAUGCCUUGAGAGGCUCUGUAGACUAGAAGCGGAGUUUCGGAGGUUCCAAGAGGCAACCCUAAAGCACCUGCAGGGCAUCGCCAGCAGCUACAACCUGUCCUUCAUCAUGGAGGCCUGGUUCCAGAGCCUGGCCCGUGAGAGCCAGGCCGUGGCCCUGGCACUCAACCAGCUGCAGGCCACUGUGCAGGGUGACCUGGGCCACCUCAAGACCUGAGUCAGAGGCCAGAAGGUGGACAACAGGCUGCUAGCCUUGGGUGCCGCCCUGAGCGAGAGGAGCAAGCAGCGCGCCCAGGAGAGGAAGGAGCAGGAGGAACAGAGGAACGCCCACUCUGGCCUGGCCCUGGAUGUGUGAGCCAUGCAGGACGUUCUGGCUCGCCUGAUGCCCCUCAUCCAGAGCCAGGGUGCUGAGCUGGCAGCUUUCAAGAGGUGGCUGCAAGUGGCCGGCCCUGGCACCGCUGCCCUGCGGGUGACCCCGGCCCCUCCUAGGCCAUUUAGCCCGAGCUCCCCACAGCUGCAGGCAGGCAGGCAGCAGGCACCCAGAAUUCCGCCUGAGCUCGGGGACCCCCCUCUGGACUUCGCUCGCUGUCUCCAAGGGAUGCAGGAUCCCCCAGGCCCAGGCAGCCAGCAGGCGUGGCCCCCCAAGAGCCCAGGAGAGAUUUGCAGCAUGGGCCCUGCACUCAUCUUUCUGAACGCGUCCACUGUGAAUGUGGUCUUCUCACCCGGCUUCCUCACUGGCCUACGGGCCCUGUCUGUCUGCAGCUGGGUCCACACAGCCUUGGGCCACCUGGGCACCCUCCUCUCGUACACCAGUGAAGAAAAUGACAAGCUGGUUUUGCAUGGCCGAGACUCCCUGCCUCCUGGCUCCAUCUGCUCUGUGAUUGGAAACCUGGCCUUCAGGGAGCUGCCCCUCCAGCCACUGCUAGACUGCUGUUGGCACCAUGUGUGUGUCAUCUAGACGUCCAUCCUGGGCCUGGGCAGGUACUGGCUCCACAUGGGCCGAAGGCUAGGAAGCCCUAGCUCCCGCUUUGGGGAGGGCUAUGAGAUUCCUCCGGGAGGCUCCCUCAUGCUAGGCCAGGAGCAAGACAGCGUUGGGGGUGGGUUUGAUGGCCCUGAGGCCUUCGUGGGGAGCCUAGCAGGCCUGGCCAUAUGGGACCGGGUGCUCGUCCCCAGGGAGGUCUCAAACCUGGCCACUGGGAAGGAGUUCCUGACAGACAUCCUAACGCUGGCCAAUGCUGCAUCGGUAGGCGGAUUUGUGCAAAGGGUGAACUGCACCUGCCUACAGCUCUGUUCCUGAGGCCUCGCUACACAGCAACUGUGCUCACAUGGUGGGCCGGUGAGAAGAGCAAGUCUUCAGCCACGCUUGGCCACCCCUAACCCCAGCACACUACAUAGAGGGCCCCCCACCCACACUGAGGAGCAGGCUGCUGCCUCCGGCCUAGGCCAGGCACAUCUGCACUCUAACAUAGGAUGUGGGUAUUCCACAGGGUGGGGGGAGGGCCCACAGGCAGAGCUGGGCCUCAGGGUCCCCAUGACUGCAUUCUUUCCCUCUCUGAGGCAUUCUUACACCAACACCCCCCCGCAUAGUAGGAAGUCAUUUCAACACAGCCCAACUUGCCAUGUGGCAGAGCUGCGCUUCAGCUCUGCCUCUCCUUGGGCAUGGGUUUGGGGCAACCACAGGCUGGGUCCUGGAGAACUCUUAUUUUCCUUGCAUUAACUUCUGUGGUCCUCUCUCCCUGUGGCUUGAAAAAGUUUCUCUUUGGCUGCUCCUAGUUCCAACAUUUCUCAUGAGAAGGGCUGGGGAGUCCAUUUCCUGGCCCCAGAGCUCCUUCGCCCUGGGGGUUCCAUCAAGUUUCUGCAGCAGCUGGUGAGACCACUAGAGCUGCUGGGAAGGGGGCCUGCAGAGGGAGCAAGCUACUCAGAAACACAUUAAGGAUGGGUGGGCAAUGCUUUUUUUAAAAAUUAAUUUAUUUUUAGCUGCAUUGGGUCUUCAUUGCUGUGUGUGGGCUUUCUCUCUAGUUGCAGCAAGUGGGGGCUACUUUUUGUUGUGGCGCACAGCCUUCUCAUUGCAGUGGCUUCUCUUGUUGCAGAGCACGGGCUCUAGGUGCGCAGGCUUCAGUAGUUGUGGCACGCGGGCUCAGUAGUUGUGGCUCGCAGGCUCCAGAGCGCAGGCUCAGUAGUUAUGGCACAUGGGCUUAGCUGCUCCGCAGCAUGUGGGAUCUUCCCGGA